AUGAUGCGAGGAGAGAUCCCUUCGCGACACCGCAAGUCGUUUGUCCACCGACGACUGGCCAAGAACCCCAACUUGGCCCUCAAGCUGCAGCAGAUGGCGCUGCCUCUGGCUCCCCUCAUCGAGUUGGACAAGGGCGGCGUCCAUCCGGCAUUCCCCAGGACGGUGCUCAACUUCUGGCUCCUGACGGACGAGCAGCUCGAGUCGCUUGCCCAGUUCUACCACCAGAAGACGCCCAACGAGUUCAGCCGCCUGUACCCGUGUCCCAUCACCUGGAGCCCCGACAUGACGCUCGAGGAGAAGCGCCGCAGGAUGGGCAAGUUCAUCGGCCUCCGCGGCUGCGAGUCGCCCAUUAUGCUGAAGACGGAGGAGGAGAUUAUGGCCGAGGUCCGGUUGGCGAGACAAGCCGCCGAGGAGGAGAUGUGGCGACGAAAGCGGUUCCCUUGGCAAUCCUGA